AUGCGCUCCAUGAGGGUUCUGCAGAAUGCCCUGAGCAGGGCCGGCAGUCACUGCGGGCGGGGAGGCUGGGGUCACCUGAGUCGGAGCCCCCUCCUUGGCGGGGGCGUUCGGCAUCGCCUCAGUGAGGCCGUGGUGCAGGGCAGGGAGACGCCGCACAGCCACCAGCCGCAGCACCAGGAUCAUGAUUCAUCAGAGAGUGGCAUGCUGUCCCGCUUGGGGGACCUGCUCUUCUACACUGUCGCUGAAGGACAGGAACGAAUCCCUAUCCACAAGUUCACUACUGCACUGAAGGCCACUGGACUGCAAACAUCAGACCCACGGCUCCGGGACUGCAUGAACCAGAUGCGCCGCAUGGUUCGAGAGUCCAGCAGUGGCGGCCUCUUGGACCGAGACCUCUUCCGAAAGUGUGUGAGCAGCAACAUUGUACUCCUGACCCAGGCAUUCCGAAAGAAGUUUGUCAUUCCUGAUUUUGAGGAGUUCACUGCCCAUGUGGAUCGCAUCUUUGAGGAUACCAAAGAGCUCACAGGAGGCAAAGUGGCAGCUUACAUCCCUCAGCUGGCCAAGUCAAACCCGGAGCUGUGGGGCGUCUCCCUGUGCACUGUGGAUGGUCAGCGGCAUUCCGUGGGCCACACAAAGAUCCCCUUCUGCCUGCAGUCCUGUGUGAAGCCCCUUACCUAUGCCAUCUCCAUAAGCACCCUGGGCACUGACUACGUGCACAAGUUUGUGGGCAAGGAGCCCAGUGGCCUGCGCUACAACAAGCUCUCCCUCAACGAGGAAGGAAUCCCUCAUAACCCCAUGGUUAACGCUGGUGCCAUUGUCGUGAGCUCCCUGAUCAAGAUGGACUGUAAUAAAGCAGAGAAAUUUGAUUUUGUGUUGCAGUAUCUAAACAAAAUGGCUGGCAAUGAAUUCAUGGGUUUCAGCAAUGCCACAUUCCAGUCAGAGAAGGAAACCGGGGAUCGGAAUUAUGCCAUUGGCUAUUAUCUCAAGGAAAAGAAGUGCUUUCCUAAGGGGGUGGACAUGAUGGCUGCCCUGGAUCUCUACUUCCAGCUGUGCUCUGUGGAGGUCACCUGUGAAUCAGGCAGUGUCAUGGCAGCCACCCUGGCCAAUGGCGGGAUCUGCCCCAUCACAGGCGAAAGUGUGUUGAGCGCGGAGGCAGUGCGCAACACCCUCAGCCUCAUGCAUUCCUGUGGCAUGUACGACUUCUCUGGCCAGUUUGCCUUCCAUGUGGGCCUGCCAGCCAAGUCAGCUGUGUCAGGAGCCAUUCUCCUGGUGGUACCUAAUGUAAUGGGAAUGAUGUGUCUAUCACCUCCACUGGACAAGCUGGGAAACAGUCAUAGGGGCAUCAGCUUCUGUCAGAAAUUGGUGUCUCUUUUCAAUUUCCACAACUAUGACAACCUCCGGCACUGUGCUCGGAAGUUAGACCCACGGCGUGAAGGCGGAGAAGUUCGGAACAAGACUGUUGUGAACCUGCUAUUUGCUGCUUACAGUGGAGAUGUCUCAGCUCUUCGAAGGUUUGCCUUGUCAGCCAUGGACAUGGAACAGAAAGACUAUGACUCCCGCACAGCCCUGCACAUUGCUGCGGCUGAAGGACACAUUGAAGUUGUUAAAUUCCUGAUUGAGGCUUGCAAAGUGAACCCUUUUGCCAAGGACAGAUGGGGCAACAUUCCCCUGGAUGAUGCUGUGCAGUUCAACCACCUGGAGGUGGUCAAAUUGCUUCAAGAUUAUCAGGACUCCUACACACUCUCCGAGACUCAGGCUGAGGCAGCAGCCGAGGCCCUGUCCAAAGAAAACUUAGAGAGCAUGGUGUGAGCACAGGCCAUAGACACAGUCCCUGCUCAAGAAAAAGCACAAGUUGGCUGCACACUUAACCUAGAACCACCAAAAAAUGCUAUGGAGAGCGACACUGCUUCAGUGAGGACCAAGGAAGUAAUUUGGUGACUUAGACCCAUGUUUUCUUUGAGAGUCAAAAUACCCAGCAUCCUUGGCAGACCGAGUGCAGAGAAGGGCCUCAGAGGACACCUGGAGGAAAGCUUUCCAAGGAGACUGUGGGCUUCUUCGGGGUAUAGCCUAAUGGUUUGGCCCAAAUCAAAACCAUCCCAGGACUUCACCCAGGUCCCCUCUUCCCCCUCCCGAAGAAACCACUGAGAGACAGAGAUAUUCUGGUAGACGGGCUUCAGCCACCAUACACGUGUAUAUAUCUAGAGGGAGACAGGGCACUAUGCACCUGGCUUUAGUAGUUGGAUUGUUGCUCCCCCUUGGCCAGAACAUGCUGCUUUUACCGCUGACAGUAAUUUUAUAGACAGAGAAAGUAUUUUGUGCUCAAAUAAACUUUAAUUACACAAAUAAUUAUUUUUGCUAAACCCAGCCCUUCUAUUUCUCCCUUAGGGGUAUCCAGCUGUAACACCAUCAUAGAAGGUAGCAUUAAGAUGGAACCACAGGGUCAGACAGGGCCCAAACAAUACAUAGUUCAUAUACAUACUCAGUUACCCACAAAGUUUUCCUUAACCCCAAAUACUGCUUUAAGUGUAUUUUGCUGCCAAGAGACAGGAGUUUGGGUCUAAACAGGACCAAAAGUGGACUACGCAAGACCUCAGGCCUCCCUCCUCCCUCUAGAAGUUCCAACUGUGGCAGAAAUAAAGAUGGAACUUCUCAAGAAUAAACAGUUUCAAUCACUAAUCCCUGAGAUAUCCCCCAAAUGUCUCUUCUCUUGUGGUCAUGUUUGUAACUAGCACAAUGAUUGUAAGCGACUCGCCGGGUGUCAGAGGUGUGCAGAUUAAGGCGGAUGGACUCAGGGUGAGAAUAGCU